ACUGCGCGCACUAGUCUUUGCGGCGAAUGUUGCGGCGAUAUAUAGGCAGAAAAUUUAUUUGUUGGCGUCGUAUUGUUUUUGCUUUGAAAAUUGUAAAAGGUCUUGUAUAAAUACAUAGAAACAUGCUGAGUCGCAAGCGACGGGCCAGCUCCAUAUCGAGUCGCCAGGACGAGGAUCCGCUCCAGUUGGACGACUCAACGCCAGAGCAAUCACCGGUUCAAGUGGCGUCGACAGCGACGUCUACACAAUCGGCGCGAAAAAAGCGCCGUCUCGACCCAACAGAGCUAUGCCAGCAGCUGUACGAUUCGAUACGAAAUAUUAAAAAAGAGGAUGGCUCCAUGCUCUGCGAUACGUUUAUACGGGCGCCAAAGCGUCGCCAAGAGCCAUCCUACUAUGACGUGGUGGUCAACCCCAUUGACUUACUGAAAGUACAGCAAAAACUUAAGACCGAUUCGUACGACGAUGUGGAUGAUCUUAUGUGUGAUUUGGAAUUACUAAUUGGAAAUGCUAAGGCUUUCUAUAAGCCCGAAUCGAGUGAGUAUCAGGAUGCACAAGCUCUGUGGCAGCAUAUACAGACGCAGCGGCAGCGCAUAUUGGAGGUGAAUGGCUUGUCAACGUCAGCAACUGCAGUCUCCAUCGAGGAAGAGCCUCGAUCCAAACGCAUCUCCAGAAAUGUGAGGCGCUUAACCACUAGCACUGAACCAGGCGGUGAUCUCGAAGAUGACUAUAAUCCUUAUGAGGAGCUCUUUGCCUCUGUAAUGACGGCUACCGAUCCAACGUCAGAUAGGCCCAUGCAUCAUAUGUUUCAAUUGCUUCCGUCCAAGAAGAUCUAUCCGGAUUAUUAUGACGUGAUUGAGCACCCAAUCGAUUUGCGUUUAAUUGCAACAAAGAUUCAAAUGAAUGCCUACUCCUCACUGAUGGAAAUGGAGCGGGAUCUGCUGCAAAUGACCAAAAAUGCUUGCCUCUUCAAUGAGCCAGGUUCCGAGAUCUAUAAGGAUGCGAAGGCUUUGAAACGGAUUUUUGUUCAGCGUCGUACUGAACUAGAGUCCGGCAAGGCGGUGAAAUUGACAAAACGCAUCAAAAGUUUGUCCAGUGCGGCAAUUGCGGCCCUUAAAGAGGAGGUCGAUAGCUCCGAUGAUGAGGAGACUAGCAAACGUGGGGAGGGCCCUAUGUGGGCUCUUUUUGAUCAUCUUUACAAUGCACCCGGCACGGCGGAACAUCCGGGCAUCACUGGUCCACCACUGGGCAACUCUUUGUGGAAGUUACCAGUGCGUCGCUUUCAUCCCGAGUACUUUGAGCUAAUCAAACGUCCCAUUUCCAUGAGUCAAAUUCAUACAAAGUUAAAGAAGGGCGACUAUGCAAACAUUAGUGAUCUCACUGGUGACUUGUAUCUUAUGCUGGAUAAUGCCAAGAAAGCAUUUGCCUCCACCCACCGAACGCACAAGGAUGCCGUAAAAAUGUUGAAGCUAAUGAAUGCUAAACUAGUUGAGGAAUCGCUCGAGGAGAAUAGCGAUAUGGAAGAAGAUGAUUUGGACGACCAGGAGACAGAGAAUGACACGACGGCCUUUGCAGCAUCUAGUGUCCAGCCAGAGAAGCGUAAGCCGGGCAGACCGCGUGUGAACUCCAUUUCCAAUGUUCCCACAGUUCAUACGCCCAGCAAUAGUUCUAAUUCCCCCAAAUCGAAUCGUAUUGCAAUCAAUGCUGCAAUUAAGAAGAAAAUUCUAUCGAUUCAGAAGAGUUUGGUCGACUAUUCGGUCGGAAAUCGUCGACCGAUUGAGAUGUUUAUGGAGAAACCACCGCGUAAAGUUUAUCCGGACUACUAUGAUGUCAUUAUAAAUCCAAUUGACAUGAACACUAUUGAGCAUAAUAUAAAAAGCGAUCGCUAUGCCACAGUGGAGGAUGUGGUGGCCGACUAUCGUCUUAUGUUCUCCAAUUGUCGGCAAUACAAUGAGGAGGGAUCCAAUAUCUAUGAAGACGCCAAUGUUCUGGAGCGGGCUCUCAAUGAAAAGCUUAAAGAGUUCCCUGGCCUGGCCGAGGUUAAGAAGCCGGUGCAGAAAUACACAAAACUGGGAAGGAAAUUGAAGACAACACUCGUGACCGACCGUUUGUGGCAAUUCUAUGAGUCCGUUCGAGAGUAUCAGGAGCCCAAAGGAAAGCGUCAAUUGUCGCUUAUUUUUACCAAACUACCAUCAAAAAGUGAAUAUCCUGAUUACUAUGAUAUUAUCAAAGAACCCAUGGAUAUGGAAAGAAUUGCCCAGAAGUUAAAGCAAUCACUUUACGAUACUAUUGAUGAGCUGGCCGCUGAUUUCCUACUAAUGCUGGAGAAUGCUUGUAAAUACAAUGAACCUGAUUCUCAGAUCUACAAGGAUGCGUUGGUUUUGCAGCAAUUGACGUUGCAAUUGAAGCAGCAGUUGCGUCCAGAACGUGAUUCAUUGCCUGACGUGCCGCUAGCAGUGCAGGAAUUGUUCCUAUCGCUAUUUACCACGCUCUACAAUCAUCAGGACGAGGAGGGUCGUUGCUACUCCGAUUCUCUGGCCGAAUUGCCCGAGUACGAUGAGUUGGGCGAAGGUGACAAAGUCCGUGGCAUUUCGCUGGACUUAGUAAAGCGGCGACUUGACAAAGGAGCUUAUAAACGUUUAGAUAUAUAUCAGGAAGAUAUAUUUGCCUGCAUGGAGCGCGCACGUAAAUUAUCCCGCACGGACUCUGAUAUCUUUCAGGAUUCAAUUGAACUGCAGACAUAUUUUAUACGUAAACGAGAUGAACUGUGCAAGGAUACUUUAAGUUCGCCCGCGCUAAGUUUUACUGUGGAACGACUUUUGGCCAAUGUGGAAGUGAUGCGUCAGCAGAAGGCUCAGCAAGAGGAACAAGAUCUGGAGCAGGAUAAGGAAAAGGAUGAAUUCAAUGGGGCCAAUAAAGGCGAAAGUAUGACCAUCAAUCAGCAAGUCUAUUCACCCGGUGACUUUGUCUAUAUACAAAUGCCGGAGAAUAAGAUUCCAGCGAUAGCCUGCAUCGAAAGGCUCUGGACUUCGCCAACCAAUGAGAAACUGAUGCAGGCCUCGAUCUUUGUGCGUCCCCAUGAAACGUAUCAUGUGACCACUCGCAAAUUCCUCGAAAAAGAAGUGUUUAAAAGCAGCAUCUCGCAGACCAUUUCCAUGGAUAAAGUUCUGGGCAUGUGUUAUGUGAUGCACAUUAAGGACUACAUUAAAAUGCGUCCCGAGAGGUUGCCGGAAAAGGAUGUGUUUGUCUGCGAAUCGCGUUACAAUCUACAGGGUCGGUGCUUUAAGAAACUAAAGAACUGGCCACAUGCCCGCGAGAGUGCUUUAAUAAAAUUUGUUCCCCGUGAACAGCCGUUGGAGCUAAAACGGGUAAUGUCCGUAUUCAAGGAACGUAUCGAGAAGCACAAAGGUGAACUAGAGGAGCUAAAACUGCAGGAGUCUCUGGUGGAAAAGGAGAAGCCGAACGUACCAUGCGAUCCACCACCGAAUGCUGAGGACAACAGUGUCUACUAUCAGCAGUACAACACGAUUUGCAGCGGAGCCAUAAAAACGGGUGACUUCGUUUAUGUGGCCACCCAGACGGGCAAGCAAUCGGUGGCUCAAGUGCAACAAAUUUGGGAACAAAAUGGCAAAUCUUACUUCAGAGGUCCAUGGCUAUUGCCACCCAGUGAGACGGCACCCACAUUGGGCAAGCAAUUCUUUCGCCAAGAACUCUUGCUCAGCACCGUGGAGGAGAUUAGUCCCGUUGUGGGUAUUGUAGGACGUUGCGCCGUCUUGGAGUAUGCCGAAUUUAUUAGCUCACGGCCCACCGAAAUUCCCGAAAGUGAUGUCUAUAUCUGUGAGUCGGUCUACGAUGAGCUGAAGAAGGCACUCCGCAAAUUGGUGGCCGGCAAUAUGCGCAAGUUCCAACACAGCGCUGCCGUCACCGAAGAUGAGAUAUUCUACUUCAAGAGUCCGAUCAAACCAGCCAAAGAUGUAAAGAGUGAGAUUAAUGAGCUUGGCAUGCUAGAAGACUCAAUGGAUGGGGACACGCCAUCCCUGAGUUCCGAUACUGUGGCAAUAUCAUCCCCAGCUCCAUCGGUCAACUCGACACCGCUUACCUCCAAAGUGAAGCCGGCAAAAUCUGCCAAAAAGUGCCUCACCGGCUACAUACUCUACUCCAGCGAGGUGCGUAAGAGCAUUUGCCAGAGUAAUCCUGAUGCCUCGUUUGGCGACAUCUCCCGCAUGGUGGGUAACGAAUGGAAGAAUCUCCCCUCCAGCGUCAAACAGAGCUGGGAGGACAGAGCCAACAAGCAAAAUGAAGAGACUGCUGCUCUGCGGCGUAGUGAGAUGGAUGAAAUGCACAACAGCGGUAGUCCCUUGCCCCAGACUGCUGCAUCUCAGGAGUCAAUUGGCCCGCCGAUGGUAUAUGAAUGCAUGUGGGACAAAUGCGAUUUUCAGUUUGAAGAGUUGUCCGACUGUACGGAACACUGCAUGGCCGAUGGCACCGGUCACAUACAACGCCAUCCACAGGCCGGCGUCGAAACCGAAUAUGUCUGCCUGUGGCGCAAUUGUCCGAGGACUAAAAAAACAUCUCAGGCAUUUCCCAACGGCCUCCGUCUCGUUAAGCAUGUGCGGGAGGUACAUUUGAGCAGAUGCGGCAAGCCACUGGGCAGUGUCGAGCGUGGCAAGAACUUUAUCCAGCGCAAACAGAAGCUAAUGCCCCAAUUAGCCACAAAUGUGUCUAUGCAGCAAGGCAAUGCCCACUCACCACGGGACCCCAUCCAGAAUGUGCCGAAUGUCGUGCAACAUCAACCGCUCCAGCAUCAGACAAUAGUGUUGGGUCCACCACCAGAGCCGAUGUUUGUGACUGUGCCACCGCGUAACAAUCGUGUCAUACACUCGGAGGCGUAUAUCAAGUAUAUCGAGGGCUUGCAAACGGGCAGCCAUCUCAACGUGCAGGCCAGCAAUACCAAUUGGCGUCGAUCACUGGCACAUGUGACGCCCAGUCAGGUUAAUGGCAAACUGCAGUUGCCGGAACACUGGCUCGGCCCAAAUGUACGCGAUCAGGCGAAUGUGGUGCAGGCUCUCUGCCAUCUAAGAAACUUUAUGCUCGAUGAUGUCCUGCUAAUCCGUCGAAGUUGCAAUUAGUGUGUCUCUAAUCCUCAUCAAAUCCAAAGCGUUUCUAAUUCAAUGUUAACUAAAUAAACAAACAAGAAAAACAA